AUGCCCGAACCAGACAAGCAUGCAGCUGCAAAGCAAGCCGUCGACAUUCUCGACGAGAUUGCCACCAUCUUGAACUGCCAUCUCGACCGUCGCACUCUAUCCAUUUGCAUCUCCAUGAUUGAACGGGGCGUCAACCCAGAAGCACUGGCUGUAAGUUGA